CUUGCUCGCUCGCCUUUUGAAUCGCGUUAGUUCCAAGGUGUCUAUAUUGUUAAGUAAAAUAUUCUUAAAUAAGUGCCUGGAAAUUAAUUUAGCCAAAAAAAUAUGCUCUUCUUUUCUCUCGAAUAUUUACAAUAAUUUUAUUAUUGAAUUAAUAUUUACUAUGGAGAAUUACGAGAAAAUACGUUUAGUGGGAAGGGGUGCGUUUGGAUUAUUAUAUUUAACUCUCCUUCUCAUUUUGAACACGGUAUAUCUUUGCAAUCAGAAAUCUGAUAACAAAUUAGUUAUUACUAAAGAAAUUCCUGUGGAUCAAAUGACGGUGGAGGAACGUCAGGUAUCCAUGAAUGAAGCUAAAGUACUUUCUAUGUUGGAUCAUCCUAAUGUGGUUGCUUACUAUGAAAGUUUUUUGGAAGACAAAACGAUGAUUAUUGUUAUGGAAUAUGUUCAAGGUGGCACAUUAUUUGAUUAUCUUGUUCAGAGAAAUGGAAAACUGAUGACUGAAGAGGAAGUACUUCAUUACUUUGGUCAAAUGGUUUAUACUUUGCAGCAUGUUCAUUCAAAGUUGAUUUUACAUAGGGACUUAAAAUCACAAAAUAUUCUACUUAAUGAAAGAAAAAACAUUGUCAAGAUAGGAGACUUUGGAAUUUCUAAAGUGUUGAGCAGCAAAAGCAAGGCCUAUACGGUGGUGGGUACUCCUUGCUAUAUAUCUCCUGAGUUAUGUGAAGGCAAACCAUAUAAUCAGAAAAGUGACAUUUGGGCUCUUGGCUGCAUCUUAUAUGAACUCAUGACUCUCAAGAGACCAUUUCAUGCCAGUACACUACCAGCUUUAAUUAUGAAGAUUAUGAAAGGUAGUUUUGAUCCUGUUGAGGGAAUUUAUAGCCAUGAACUCAGGAAAUUGCUGUUGAGCAUGUUGCACUUGGAUCACAAUCAACGACCCACAGCUGCUCAAAUUAUGUGUCAUCCUGUAAUGAUUAGAGUUAUCUUCAAACUUUAUGUUGAUAUUGGAUCUAUCCCAUGUAAUAAGAGUCCACAAAAUGAACAGACAUUUCCAAAAUUUGAUUCCUCUAAGCUGUCUCAUUCACAUAUGAAAUCUGCAUCAGAUGAUUCCCAAUCAAGCAAAGUUAUUCCUAAAUCCAAAAAAUGUUUGAGUGUACUGUUAUUUGAAAACAGGCAUUCCAAUGCAAUUCUUCUACCAAAUCCACCAAAAGCUGUUGUAAAGAGUAUUUCUUUAGGAGCUGAGGAUAAAAUUGGUAUUACAGGAAAUGGCUUACUUAUAAGUUGGAGAAUUAGACCUGUUAUUUCAAUAAAUUCAGAUGAAAAGAAGCCAGAAAAUCAAGUGCCAUCUUAUAUUCCUCAUGUGAUAGAUGAAAAAGUUGCCAUUAAUAUUGUAUCAGUUGUGAGUGGAAGCAGUUUCAGCAUCUGUUUAUCUGAUAAUGGUGUUGUAUUUGCCUUUGGAAAAGCAUCUUCUGGGUGUCUUGGUCUCUCUUGUGAUCGAGAUAUUAAUCAGCCCAGAAUAGUAGAACCAUUAUUCAAUCAUGACAUCAAGUCCAUAGCAUGUGGCCCAAAACAUGUUCUUGCCUUUUCUGAAGAGAAUGAUGUCUUUGUUUGGGGUCAUGGCAGCUCUGGUUGCCUUGGACUAGGUGAGACCAAUUUUCAGUUAGUGCCUCAAUUAGUCCAAAUUGAGUGGAAAGAAAAACCUGAAAAAAUAUAUUGUGGGACUGACUGCUCCUUCAUUAUAACUAAAGAUUCAUCACUAUUAGCUUGUGGAAGCAACAGGCAUAAUAAACUUGCAAUGGAUUCCAGUGAAGGCCAUCAAAUAGAUGAAACAAGAUUCUUCACUAAAGUACGAUCUGAGCAGCUUCAAGAUGUUCAUGCAGUUUCGGUUAGCUCUGGCAAAUCGCAUACUGUUAUUUUAAAUGAAGCUGGCGAACUGUACUCUAUGGGAUCCAAUCGUUUUGGGCAGCUUGGUUGGGGUAAACCAGGGCUAGACUAUUGCAUGCCUCAAAGAAUCGAAAAAUUGAAGGAUGUGAAAGUUUCACAAGUUUCUUGUGGUGACACCUUCACUUUGAUUGUAACUCACGAUAAAGAACUUCUUUGUUGUGGUAGAAGUCCUAGCAGUUUGACCAGCAGAGAAGAAUCUGUUUCAUAUAAUAUAAAAAAUCCAAAGUGUUUAGAAAAAAAACGUGUUCAUUAUAUCUCUUCCUAUGGUGAAAACUGCAUUGUUCUAGCAGAAGAUCAGUAAUUCAACCACUAUAUAUUUAUAUGUUUAUCAAUUUCGUGAUAAAGAUGUGCCAAAUUUUUGAGUGUUUCUAUUUUGUAUACCAUUGUGCAAUAUUUGUAAAUUAUAAAGUAAUUGAUUCAAACUUGGGAUUUUUGUAAGCAUGAGGAUGUUUAUACAUUGUUGAUUACAGAAUAAUUAUUUUAUUUUAUUUCUGCCAGAUAGAAAUUGAGUGAGAUCUGACUGUAAAAUAAUAUUUAUUAGAAAACUGAAUAAUUUCUGUAAUUUUUCCUUUUUGAUUAAAUAUAUAAUAUGCAAUAUUUAUAAUAGAUAAUUAGUAUAAUAGUUUAUUUUUAAAAUUUAUAAUUGCACUAGUAUAAUUUAAAGUAAUUAUAUAGAAAAAGUGGGCUUCUUACAAAUAAAAUCAAUAUAGAUAUUAAUGAUAAUAAGAACAUUGAAGAAAAACAGAUAUAAUUUUUUUUUUUAAAUCACACCUUCCUAAUCAAUAAGUUAAGAAUUCAGAUGGGGUCACACUGAGUAAUACUGGAGUGGGUAAUUUUUUCAAAAUCUUUUCUAAAUUCCUCCUUAUUUGUAAGCUAGUCACCUUUGAUUCACUGAAGGUAUUAGCUAUAUUUAAUUUAAUUUAAAUUAUUUAGAUAUAACUUCAUGUUUAUGAUUCCACCAGAUAUUAAAGCCUUCUUAUUUUAAUUGAUUGAAUAUGUUUGGUUUAUCACAUAUAUGAACUUUCCUAACGGAAACCAAUUCCUUGACUUUCUUUUAAUUUUUAUGAUCUUGUAAAUACAUCUUUUUAUUUAUUUUACUAUACAGAUGUUAAACAGAACACUUUUACUUUUGCUUUCAAUGAUUGAAAAAAUUUCCUGAUGAAAUAUUUAUUAAAACAAUGAAGAUGGUUUGAAUUUCAAGGCAACAAAGUAAUCUGCUGUUGAAAGUUCGGCAAUAUAUAUAUAUAAACAGAGAGAUUUCUGACUUUUUAAACUAAUUGCCACUUUAGUUUAAAUACAGAUUUAAAUAUCACAUUACAUAAUUUGAUGCACAAAUCUAACUCGUCAUUUCAAGAUUAAGAGUUAAAUUGGUAUCUAAAAACAUAUUUUUAAAAAUUUUUUUGAAAGAGUAUAAAAAAAAAAAAAUUGUGCUGAAAUAUUUUCAAAAAUUAUUGUAGAAAAAACGUCAAAAUUAACUAAUUAAAAUUUCAAAAACAUAGCUUACAAGUGUUUGUUUCCACUCUCCAAGUUAUAUUUGUGCCAAAUUUGUUCUAUAGGUCAAAUGUUCUGUCCUGUAAAGGAUCAACACGCACACACAUAUUCAUCUUUAUUAUUUAAUAUCUAUUAUUAUAAAAAAUGAAAAUAUAAAGAUAACUGACUAAAAGCAUCGAGAAAGUCGUUAAUAAUUUUCAAAAUUAGAUGCCGAUUCAUAUUAAAUAGAUUUUUCUUUUCAUUAAGUAUUAAUUUGUAUUUUAUUUUAAAAUGUCAAAGUCAUGAAAUGUUAUUUAUUAUUUUUUUAUUAUUAUACUUGCCCAAAUGAAGUAGUGAAAAAAAGUUUAUGGGAAACACUACAAUGUAUGCAAGUUAAUUUACACAUUAUGUUUAAUGGAUUUUAUAGUUUCUAAUUUCUCAGUAGAAUCAUUAGAAUUUUAAUGAAUUUGUAUAAAUCUAUUUUUAUGCCAUUUACUUGCAGCUGCUUAUUUGUU